AUGGAGGUCCUCGACGCCGACGUGGCGGGCGCGGCCCUCCAGCUGCUGCACCACUCGCCGCUCAUGACGCCCGUGGCGUCGCCCUGCUCCCUCAUGAACUGCGGGGACGUGGUGCACCGCAGCACCCUGGACCCCAUCCUGCGCAAGGAGGUGGGCGGCCCCAGCUGGCAGGCGUUUGCACUCCUGGCGGCCGCGGGCGUCUACCUCGCAGCCACCCCCGGCGUCCUGGCGGGGUGGUAUGAUCUGUAUGUGGCCUCCAAGCUGUCGUCACAGAAGCAGCGCGCCAUUGACAAGCCGGCGGGUGGCGUGCGUCGCGUGGAGUCCUGCACCAUGCGCGCGCGCUCCGGCUGA